UAAGCACAAAGAGAACUUGGAAGUGGGAUUCGAGAGGCCACAUCAUCAAACGUCGACUUCCAAUCGAACCAUUAUUGUGGAUAAAGAAUGCUGAUUGUUACGUUGGCUAGAGCCAACUUGUUGCGUUGAUAUUACUGCUUCUGAGUUGAAGAUUUCAUUUACUGAAGGAUUCGCCCAGGACUUGAGUGAGGCCCGCAUAGCUAUUUUAGCUAGCUACCUAUCCAACGUUAGUUUACGUUACCUCGGUUUUACACUGCAUUCCUGUCGAAAGAAACGUAUUUUAUUUUCUACGAGCUAAAAUAACUAUUUUGCGGGCAAAAUGAACCAAGUAUACUCAUCUAGAGGUGAAAUAGGCCCCGAAGUAACGGCCGCAGCGACUUUUGUUUCCAGGCUAUUGAGAACAAGAGGCUUCCUGAGCGAACACCAACUCCAUGAUUUCAGAGAUUGUCUCCAACAGUCAUUAUCAGAACACUACCAGAACCACUGGUUCCCCGACAGACCACAGAAGGGCUCCGGCUACCGCUGCAUCAGAAUGAAUCAUGAAAUGGACCCAAUCAUUGGCAGGGCCGCUGGUCGGAUUGGACUUACUAGUGAUCAGCUCUUUGCCCUCCUUCCCCGGGAGCUGACACUCUGGGUGGACCCUUAUGAGGUCUCUUACCGCAUCGGGGAGGAUGGCUCCAUCUGUGUCCUUUAUGAGGCAGAGUCCCUAGCGCCCGCAGCAGCUCCUAGCCCUGACCCCACACACAACUGCAAGAAUCAAUUUCUGAUUGGUGGCCGCACUAGCCCACCGACUAACUACCUGAUGACUGUCUCGAGCUAGUGUGGGACCAGGCACUACCGCGACUGGCGACGCCAAACAGCGUCGACGUGAAGGCCAUCAACCACCCACAGUGAUCCUUUUUGUAUUUUCAUUUCAUAGCAUUUUCCCCCUUAUUAAAUUAACUUCACAUGACUUAUUUAAUUACAUUUGAGUAUUCUAAAAGCACCUGGUAUUUGUUAGAACAUUGGGUAGCACUUUUUAGUAUUGUUUGACUACCAGCCCAUAGGCUCUCUUUGCACUGCUGGGACUCUCAGUAUGUAGUGUGCUUCUGUCCUGUGGUAUUAGCACACUACACUCAAGCCUGGGCUUUAAGUGUAAAAAAACUACUCUGGGAUUCUGAUGCUAGUAUCUCAUGGUGUAAUAAUACUUCACGCCACUUCUCACAACUGUAAACUAAAGCAAUCGUAUAACUGGAGAGUCAAGUAUUUGUUCAGUUACCUAUACAUCUCCAAUAACUUUUUAUAUUUCUGUAUAAUGCAGUUCACUGCUGGUUUGUAAUCUUACGGGACCACUUCACCUACCUGUGCCCUGAAAUCAGACUCAAGACAAAAUGUCUGACUUUCCUGUUGAAGAGCUGCCAAACUUUCUUGAUCCUUUUGUGCAAUAGUCAGUGUUCAGAGAAACUGGAGUUCGUCAAUCUCUCAACAAAUAGCAAAAACUAAUUUCACACCUCUUGGCUCCCAGUAGCCUUAAGUAAAAUAAAAAAUCUAAAAUGGCUUAUACUAUUAACAUGAUCAAAAAGGGGUUACGAUUUUAAUAUUGAUCACUAUUGUGAUUUUUUUAUUUUUUAAGUGUUCUGUUAUUCCCCCACCCGUAGUUUGCCUUUGUGAAUAAGUUGUGAGGUGGUUGGUUGGCGUCAUGUUAACGUCUAUCACUGCCAGGUAGCGUUAUGCUCUCAGCCCUCUGUAGCAUCCUCUCUUCCUACCGAGCUGUUGAGCAGCUCACCAGUGCUUACUGUUCUAGACAGAGGAAGGAUUUAGUUUGUAAGCUAUUUGAAGCAUAGUAAGCAUUUAAAAGUAACUUUUUAAAUGAAUGUUGUGCAUAUAUAGAUACUUGUACAGUUUGUCACUUUUACAAUAAACCUUUAUGAAUUUA